AUGGCCCGCUGCUGGGCCUCGCCCCGCAGGGUACCUCUCAGUGCCAGGGCUGUUCGCAGCGGUCUUGUUUGGCCGGCGGUGCAUCGCACGACUCAAGCAGCACCACAUCGCUCUGCUGCUGAUGUCAUUGACUGCAGCGGGGACAUCUCUGAUGACAGUGCGGAGGAAGAGCCAGCAGCCUUGGAGGAAUGUGUCACUGAUUGCAGGAUUGUGGCUCGCACUUUGCGCAGUACGGGACUACGCGGCCUUGUGGCCGGGCCUAUGGGCGAAGGUCUGGUAGCUUCAAGAAUUGCAGGCUUUGGCAAGGGCGUGUCACCGUCAACACGUAUCGAGCAGUGCGUGGCCGUAGCGCUGAAUGAAGCGGAUGUGCGCAUGGAGGGUGGUCGCUUCUUCGUCUUGACCGCUGCGCACGAUGGCUUCAAUCUAACCUGGGUCCCUUCGGUGGUCUCGCAAGAAGGGCAACAUCGGCAAGGCGAUCAGGUCGAAGGCUGGUUGCAGGUAGCGCUGCUGCCGUUCCGCUCUGUUUUCUCGAAGCAUGAGGGCUUGGCAUCGGCAACCAGCAAGGGGCGGAAGGCACGUGCUGCGACCGACGACUUACCACCACUUCAGUCUCCACCCGAAGCCAUGCUCGAGGAGCUGAAGCAGCUGGGCCUAGAUGGCCUAAGGGCACUGAUCUUCAUACUCGCAAAGAUUUACCAGACGCCUGACAAUGCUUUCCAGGCAAUGAGCCCUGAGCGUGGUCAGGCAAGUGCGCUCGAUCUUGAGAACUUCUGCAGGAGGCAGCUUGGGUAUGAUGUGGAGUCUUUGACUGGCGUGAAGCAUCUCCUGCUCUUCACGGAGCUGGAUCAGCGGAGCAACGGCUUCAUAACGUCUGAGGACCUAGCCUGCAGCAGUUCGUCUGCGGAGAAGUUCUUACCCUGUAGCUGCGCGGCCAUGGGCCACGCUUGCAUUUCCCAGGUUUGGAAGCUCGCCAGCGGCAUGGAGGGUGACUUCGGACGGUUUGUCAGCAGUGGCACUGUGUCGAGCUACAGUGCCACCCAGGCCACUUUGGCUUCUGGGCUGAAGCCAAAGAAGGGAGUGAAGGCCUCGGGGCUGAGGCGUUUGGAGCGUCCUCGUGCUGGGACAGCCUCUGGAAGUGAUGAUGGCUCACGGACAACGCGUAGGGAAGCGCAUCGUCAAAACGAUGCUAUUCGAAAGGAACGUGAAAAUCGCGAAGUGCAGGACACGCAUCUUGAUCUGGAUAGGGAGCGCUUCAUCACUGCAGUGCAGAGAACUACUGUUCUCCACCCUCUGGACUACAAUGUCACAAAACGGACGCUUGAGGAGAUCGAUUCCAAGCAUCGCCUGGUGCAGCGCCUCAGCGCUGAGGCGGAGGCAGCCUUCGCCAAGAGCCGUGGGAAGGUGGUAGACGAAGGUGAUGGAGCACGCGCCCCCGAGGGUGAAGCCAGACAGAAGCCGCAAGACGGAAAGUCGGCGGUGCCGGCGAUGCAGAACACUCCGAACACUCCGAACACUCCAAACACUCCGAACACUCCUCGUGCACUUCUGGAGAUGUCGCGCAGUCGAGGGAGAGGCGGUCAGCUUCAUGGCCCGAAGAGUAGCCAAAGAGAGCCGGAGGUCGAAUCCUCCAGCAGCAAGCCACUGCCCCAGGCCAAGAAGCUGGCAAGAGCGCGUGAGCAGGCAGCUCGGCAACCAAGCCCAGUCCGGACGCGGCUGGAGAUCACGAGCCUGGUGGUUGAUGCGCUGCGGCCACGAGUGGCUGCAGGCAUUGGAGAUGGUCAACUGGCUGUCUACUACCUCUUCCGUUCGCAUGGCUCCAAGCGAAAGCAGCUACACCAGAUUCAGGGAUUUGACGCGUCCCGCCGCGUUGGAGAUGUGGCGACGGUCGUGUGCCUCCCCAGCCGCCGACUUGUGGACGACGGGAGCCUGGCAGUGGAAACGGUCCUUGCGGGAUUUGAGAGCGGACGUGUUGCCAUCUUCAAGACCUUCUUUCCUGAAGACUUCGUCAGCGAAUCCAGCGAAAAAACCUUGACGCUCGACGAAGUCAUGGAAGAACGACAAAGAAUCAAGAGCCUUGCAAAUGGCGAGCCAGUGCUGCAAGCGCAAGAGCCACUCCUCCUAGAGCAUUACCACUGUGAUAGCCCAGUUGUGGCCUUGUUCUGGCACCAGAUAAUGGGCAUCUUCAGCAUCUGUACGAACGGUUGCGUGGUGGUGGCAGAUAGCUGCGGCGUGAAAACAUAUUCAAUCCCACAGGCGUGUGGUCGGAAUGCAACAACAACCUCUGCGGACAUGUCAACGCAGCUAGAACAGCUAGCAGUAGCUGGUCAGCGUGGCGUCCAUCUUUGGCAGACUUUGUCGAAGGCGAAGUAUGGCGUGGUGGGCACCGUGCAGGAGGGCUCUGAUGUCAACCCGGAACAGAACGAUAACUUCAUGCUGGUGCGUUACAUGCCGUCUGGGAAGUUCCUCCUGACCUUGAGCCAAGACAAAGGUGACGUCAAACUCUGGGAUGCCCGCAGCUUGGAGUUGCAUUGCUCAUUGCGACCUGGAGAGUGCUCCGUGGACUGUGCCUUCUGGGAACCGCGCUGGGAAACCCUUUUCAUCUUCUCUGCUAUUGGUGUCACGGAGAUUGAGCUCCACGAGCAGUCGAUCGAGAAGGAGGAGGUGGACACCAAUGCACCCUCCAAGGCUUUGAGCCAGGCAAGAUCGUUUCGAACCACGAUAGUGGGUUGA